AUGUCUCUUGCCCCGAUCCCACACAGCCUGAAAGAGAAGAUGGCUAGAGAUGAGGUGGCCUACACCAUGUCCAUCAAGCUCUGCAAGUCUAUUGAGAUUGUCGGCAUGGCCAAGACAGCUGGCUUCGACGGACUAUUCAUCGAGACAGAGCACAGCUCACUGGAUCUUGAAUCCACUUCUCAACUCUGCGUCGCCGCUCUCUACGCAGGCAUCUCCCCCAUCGUCCGCGUCCCCAGCAAAGACCCCUGCUACGUCUCAAGAGUCCUCGACGGCGGCGCUCUAGGCGUUGUAGUCCCCCACAUUCGCUCUGUUCAAGACGCACAAGACGUCGUCAACGCAGCCAAAUUCCAACCCAUCGGCUUCCGCUCCUCCACGAACGGUCUUCCCCAUCAUCAAUUCCGCAGCAUCCCCGCAAAGCUCUCCAACCCCGUCACCAACGACGCCACUCUCGUCAUCCCCAUGAUCGAGACGCUUGAGGCGUUGGAGCUUGUUGAUGAGAUUGCUGCUCUGCCUGGUGUUGACUCACUUCUCAUUGGUACAAAUGAUCUUACUGCUGAGAUGGGCAUCCCUGGAGAUUAUGAGAACCCUCGUUUGACUGAGGCUUAUGAGCGUACUCUUGCGGCUUGUAAGAAGCAUGGCAAGUGGCUUGGUGUUGGAGGUCUUCAUGCUAGACUUGAUCUUGUGGAGAAGUUCUGCAAGAUGGGUGCUAGAUGGGUUAUGGCUGCUACUGAUGGACCUCUUCUUAUGGGUGCUGCUACUAAGCGAGGUGCUGAGAUGGCGGCUCUUAACGAGUCUGUCAAGGCUGCUCAAACAAAUGGUGCCCCUGCUAAGGCUGUUAACGGUACAAAUGGGCACGCCACGAAUGGGGCUACAAAUGGAGUCACCAACGGAGUGACGAAUGGGAUUUCACUCGAAAUAGUUAAUAUUGGUCAUUCGUUGGUCCGUGUUGAAGCGAGAACCUGGGGCCCUAGUCUGUUACCCCAUAAACUGCCUGCCGCUAACCUGUUCUUAACCCCACGUGACCCUAUAGGAACAAGUCCGAUUAAAUCUGCAUCAUCCCCAGAUUUCCCCUCGGACUCUCUCCGUCUCUUCCUACCCAAGAUCAGCCUUCCAACUUCCAACAUGACAACAACUGAUUGGCGUGACAUUCCCCGCGUCUCAGACCCUGCACGGAGCCCUAGUCAACCUGUGCCGCUGCAGAAGAACGGCCGAGCACCCUUGGCUUGCGAACGGUGUUUCAAGAGGAAGCAAAAAUGUGACAGAUUACGCCCUGCGUGCACAUCCUGUGCCGAUCUUGGCGUCGACUGCAUUGCAAGGUCCCAGCAAUUCGACUUCAACGCCGAAGACGCAGGUCUGACUCACGCUAGAGUCAACGGCUAUGUUGAGUCACUCAGACGUCGCGUCGCUGAGCUUGAACAAAAAGUCAAGAUCGCUGAACAACAACAUGUUCAAGCACGACGUUCCUUUGGUGCUUCGGAUGUCAUCUCACCCAUCACUGGCAAGAGACGUCGCUCUACUGAAAUAUACAUACCUGUUCUUCCAAGCUCAGGUCCAGCUGUGCAAAAUGGAGACGAGCAAUCAACUGUUGAAGACACCAUGAGUGCAAUUGGUCUUCUCUCCAACAAGGCUAUGGCAGAGUCUCGAGCCAAUACAGGCAAUGAACCCCAUAAACUCGCGAUAAUCGAGUCCAUCGCAGCAGCUUUGGCCGUAGACGGUCGCGAUCCAUCCACAGCCUCAACUUCACACCACAUGUCUCUAGGAACAGACCAAAUAAUCCCCUUCACACGCGACAUAACAAUGCCCCACCUCCAACGCUUCCUCGAUUGGAGUGUCUGGCUCCCCUACAUAGACGAACGUCGUCUGAUGGAACAAUACGACACAGUCGUCGACUCCACCGACAAAGCCGCCCUUCCUCGCUUCAAUGCAUACAUGGCAAUCGCGAUCGGAAUAAGCAUGUCGCCAGAAACAAGUCGCUUCUCAGCCCUGGCUACAAAUCUCCAUACUGCAGCUGUGAAGCUACUCCCCACGAUACUCCACUCCCAGGAGCCGCUGGAUACGCUGCAUUGCAUGCUUUUGUUAGCGGUGUUUUCUAUAUUUAAUCCGGCUGGUGGGUCGACGUGGCAUCUUAUGGGAUUUAUUAUGACGAAUUGUAUUGCUGCUGGGUUGCAUAAGACUGUUAUUCCGCAGGAGAGACUUGGUGUGGAUAGUACUUAUCGGGUUGAGUGGCUGUUCUGGAGUGUGUAUCUAAUGGAUCGGUCCUUGGCAUCAUCUAUGGGCCGUCCAUUCAGCAUUACAGACGAUGAUAUUGCUGUCUCUAUUCCUGAACCUCCAGUAAACGACGACGAAUCAGGCCUCCCCGCACAAGUACGCAAUAAACUCGCGUUAAGCCGUCACUUAAUAGUCCACGCACAACUCAUCUCCGACAUUUGCGGAAGCGACAAGCCCAGUGCCCUAUUCUCAUACAGCAACCUCUGCUUCUGGCGCGAAUUUCCACCAACAAACAAUCCCGACUACCUGGACCAACUAGGGUGUCGGGCCAUGAUCCUAAUAGUCAACCCACCAUCCACCACCCUCGGCGAUUCUCCGGAGAUCGAAGCCGACACAAUAACAUCCUGCAAGCGCUUAAUCGAGUCACAAUACACCAAGUCCCGAACAGUAUCCUUCCUAGAUGCAUACAAUAUCUUGGCUGCGGCGGUAGCAUAUGUCUGCCUCUCACAGCCAAACCAGCAAGGAUUCGCGCAGACGUUUGAAGUAGUCAGCAAAGCAUCAGUGUUACUAACACAAUGCUCAACACGUUUCUCGGGUCUAAGCGUAUUCCAGCAAUUCUUACUGUCCCUGUCUACAAAGAUCAUGGAAGGACAGGGUAGUCUUGAGCAAUAUCUGGAUUUCAUACCGCCGGAGAUCCCCAUCCAUCUUCGGUCUUUUGUCCAGAACUAUGCUUCUUCGAGGCCGCUAACCGCUUAA